AGCCGAAGCGCGGGCGCGGGGACUUCCGGGAGGCAGCUUGAGGCGCGUGUGGAAGCGCUUCCGGGCGGUAGCGCGCUGUGUUGGCGGCGGCUCCCCGCAUGCCUCAGGGGCAGCAGCGGGAAGCUCGGUGGCAAGCCCUUGUAGUCCUGUGCGAUGGCGUCUCGAUAUGACAGGGCGAUCACUGUCUUCUCCCCAGACGGACACCUUUUUCAAGUUGAAUAUGCCCAGGAAGCGGUGAAGAAAGGAUCCACCGCGGUCGGAAUUCGAGGUACCAAUAUAGUUGUUCUUGGGGUAGAAAAAAAAUCUGUUGCCAAGCUUCAAGAUGAAAGAACUGUGAGGAAAAUUUGUGCCCUUGAUGACCAUGUCUGCAUGGCUUUUGCAGUUUUGACAAUUUUUGUAGGACUUACUGCUGAUGCUAGAGUAGUAAUAAACAGAGCCUGUGUGGAGUGCCAGAGCCAUAAGCUUACGGUUGAGGACCCAGUCACUGUAGAAUACAUAACUCGCUUCAUAGCAACUUUAAAGCAGAAAUAUACCCAAAGCAAUGGACGAAGACCUUUUGGUAUUUCUGCCUUAAUUGUAGGUUUUGAUGAUGAUGGUAUCUCAAGAUUGUAUCAGACAGAUCCUUCUGGUACUUAUCAUGCUUGGAAGGCAAAUGCAAUAGGCCGAAGUGCUAAAACUGUUCGAGAAUUUCUAGAAAAGAAUUACACAGAAGAUGCCAUAGCAAGUGACAGUGAAGCUAUCAAGUUAGCAAUAAAAGCUUUGCUAGAAGUUGUCCAGUCUGGUGGAAAAAACAUUGAACUUGCUAUAAUAAGAAGAAAUCAACCUUUGAAGAGACGGGAUUUCACCACAUUGCCCAGGCUGGCCUCUAACUCCUAGAAUCAAGCGAUCAGCCCGCCUUGGCCUCCAGUGCUGGGAUUACAACUGUGAGCCACCGCAGUCGUCCUGUCUACUGAUUUUUAUGUAUUUCCAUUACUUUACAUUUGAAAGUGCCUUGAGCGUCUUGUGAGACUUAAACUUUAAUACGUAGCACGAUAACCUUUCCAUAUUUCUUUGUGGCAAGUCUCAUGUUAUUAUAUGUAUAACGUCUGUCAGCCAUUAUGGGUUAAAACUGCUGGACUACAAAAUAAAAUGUUCAGGAUAUUGUGAUAGAGGACCCACUGGCUAAAGAGCAUUUGAAAUGUAGUUCACUAUUGUACAUUAGAUAGAACCAACUGUACGACAUAGUUUGCCAACUAGCUCUCUUUAGCUGAGAUUGUAAAAAAGCACUCAAAAUUUGGGAAACUGUAUUAGAAAUAUACUUAAAGGAUUGUUUUAUACUCAAAUAUGGCAGUGUACGCCUGUAAUCCCAGCUACUCGAGAGACUGAGGUGGGAGGAUCACUUGAGGUCAGGAGUUCAAGACCAGCCUUGGCAAGGUAACAAGACCCCCAUCUCUAUGAAAAAAAAAAAAUUAAAAAUUAAAUUAAAAAAAAAAAAGGAUUGUUGCCAGACGCGGUGGCUCACACCUGUAAUCCCAGCACUUUGGGAGGCUGAGGCGGAUGGAUCACUUGAGGUCAGGAGUUCAAGACUAGCCUGGCCAACAUAGUGAAACCCCGUCUCUACUAAAAAUAAAAAAAAAAUAGCUGGGCGUGGUGGCAGACGCCUGUGAUCCCAGCUGCUUGGGAGGCUGAGGCAGGAGAAUCACUUCAACCCGGGAGGCGGAAGUCGCAGUGAGCUGAGAUUAUGCCAGUGAUCUGGGCAACAGACCAAGACUCCAUCUCAAAAAAAAUUAUUUUGAAGAUUGUUUUACAUAUAUCUUUUCUUUGGUUUUAAGGAAAAUAUUUCAAGUAGUGUUAAAAUUAGUGCCAUCUGCAGCAGUGGGGUUUUUUGUUUGUUUGUUUCUGUUUUUGUUUUUGUCAUCAUGGUUGCUUUGACAUCAAUUUCCUACCCUUUAUUAUUCAACUAACAGAUGGGAUAUGAGAAUAAGACAGCAGCAAAGUUUCAAUAAAUAAGAGAAAUGGGGACAAGACAGUGGAGCUUGCCCCUGCAGAGCCCCACAUAAAUCACAGAGUGCUGAGCACAGAGUGUGGAAAUGGGUAUUAUCCAGGUUUUUGUCACCCCUGCUGCUAAGAGCCCAGGGACAGAUGCAGCAACACCACAGGGGCACAGAAACCACUGAGGCCAGAGUUUGCCUCUUCUGCUCCAUAAUAUACCUAUGCGUAUACAAAUAGACAUAGACACACACACACACACACACACACACACACACACACAGAGUUAUAUGCAUAUUUUUGCUUUUGAGUGAUAGAAUGGUAUGCUUACUGACAGCAGUGUUAUACUGUCUUCCACGUGAUACUUUAGGAUAGGCUAUGUAGGGAAUAGAACACACGCUUUGGAGUUGGUAGACUAGGAUUAAGUUCCAGCAGAUACAUUUGUUUAACAACAUGACCUUGAGCAAAUUGCUCUCAUCUUCAGCUUUCAGUUUUCUUCCCUGUAAAAUGAGUCUAACGAUACCUUCAUCAAAGGGCCGUUGUGAUAAGUAAAUGAAAUGGUGUGAGGUGGUAGUAUCCUUUUAUAGUAAGUGCUCAUUAAAUGGUGUUUUACAGAUUGCAGGUUUGUGGCAACCCUGUGUUGAGCAAGUCUGUCAAUUCCAUUUGUCCAACAGCAUGUGCUUACUUUGUGUCUCUGUCACAUUUUUGAUAACUCUCAGAAUAUUUCAGACUUUUUCAUUAUUAUGAUUAUAUGUGUAAUAUAGUGACAAUGUAAUUAUUAUAUAAUGGUGAUCUGUGAUCAAUGAUCUUUGAUAUUACUGUGCUAAUUGUUUUGGAGUGCCAUGAACUGCAUCCAUAUAAAACACUGAGU